AUGCACGGCUGGGGGCUUUUCUUCUUCCUCCUCUUCCUCCUACUCAUCUUCGCGGUCGUGGGAUGGGUUGCGUACACCCAACUCAGUGCUCGCAAACAGGGCCUACCUGCUCCCUCCUUGAAAUCGUGGAAAACUUAUGUCCCGUUCCUGAGAGCUCAGGCGUCAUCGAAUUACCCGGCACCCAGGCAUGCAGGACCGCUGGAGUGGUUCAGAGACCAAUUCGCAAAGUUGACUCGGAGGAGAACGGCCAGAGGCGCAUACGAGGAAGCGGGUAGCGGCGCGGACGGGCUAGUCGGUGGCGGCCCACGAGGUGGGAGGGGAGCACGGGGAAUGGAAGACGAUGCAUGGGAUACGAGAGUCGGCCACGAAGAAGCAUAUGGACCCGCUGGAGGCUACUCUGGUUACGAAGAGCAAGAACUCGGCCUGGCUCCGACACCGGGUUUACACACCGAUGCUUACGGCGGUGGUCGUAAUGGUCCGGCAGACUACCUAGGGGCGCCGGGCAGUGGUACCAGAAAUUACUCGGAUGUGGAUGUCAGUGGACGAGGAAGAUCAGGCGGUCCCUCAAGAGACAACCCUUUUGGAGAUGAAUACGAGGCAGGAGCUUCGAGAUUGCGAAGUGUCAGCCCCAGACCCGAGCCGGAAGGGAGUGGCAAGGGGCACACGAAAGGGAACGUGUCUCUCGACACGCAAGGGAGCGGAAGCGGAGACGGUAAUACCAGUCCUAUCAGCACGAGAAAGAGCAUAUUCCGGGAGGGCAUUUGA